AUGUCUAAAAACAGGACUUCAAAGGAGAAUAAUAUUUCUUCAGCAAAGGAAAAUAAAGACAAUGUAUAUACCUUAACCUAUGAUCCAGUUGUAGAUUUUGAUUUUAAAAAGGGCCCAGAAAGACCCUUUAUUGUAACCGCUCCUCCCAAAAAAAUAUCUGCAUUACGUACUCCAAACAGCCUUGUCGAGUGGUUUGGAAUCGCUUUGUUGAUGGGUAUAACUUUAUUUGUCAGAUUAUAUAAUUUGAGCUAUCCGGAUUCUGUUGUUUUCGACGAAGUCCAUUUUGGUAAAUUUGCAUCUAAAUAUAUUAGGGGAUCCUUUUUCUUUGAUGUUCAUCCACCUUUGGCUAAAUUAUUGUUUGCUGGUGUUGGCAGUUUAGCUGGUUUCCGCGGUGACUUUGAUUUUGAAAAUAUUGGGGAUUUCUUCCCAAGUACCACUCCUUAUGUUGCAAUGAGGUUUUUUGCAGGUAUUUGUGGAUCCUUGACUGUUUUGUUCAUGUAUUUGACUUUACGUUGUUCUGGUGUUAAACCUUGGAUAUCAUUUUUGGCUUCCUUUUGUUUUAUUUUGGAAAAUGCCUUUGUUACCAUUUCUCGUUAUAUUUUAUUGGAUUCUCCAAUGGUUUGUUUCAUUGCUGCUGCUGCUUAUGCUUACAAAAGAUUUGAGUUAUAUAAUGAAACCUCAUUUAAGGCCAUCAAAAGUUUAAUUUGCUGUGGUAUUGCAUUAGGCUUAUCUUUAUCUUCUAAAUGGGUCGGAUUAUUUACUAUUUCAUGGGUUGGUGUCUUAUGUGCCUUGAAAUUAUGGUUUAUGCUUGGCGAUUUAAACAGGCCAGUUUGCGCAACCAUAAAAUCUGCAGGUUUGUUAGCCUCCCUAUUACUGGGCAUUCCAUUGGUUAUCUAUUUAUUUUCGUUUUAUAUUCACUUCCAGACACUGAUAUAUGAUUCUGAAGCAUCCAGCUUUUUUUCUUCAGCCUUUAGAUCAACCUUGAUAAACAAUCAAAUCCCAAAAAACAUUUUGGCUGAUGUUGGUGUGGGUUCUACCAUAACUAUCCGCCAUGUCAAUACCAUGGGCGGUUAUUUACAUUCUCAUGACAUUCCUUAUGAAAGUGGUUCUGAGCAACAACAAAUAACAUUGUACCCACACUUAGACAUGAAUAAUGAUUGGUUGGUCGAAUUAUAUGAUGAACCUAAUGUAGUACCAACUUCUUUUCAAAACAUCACUGACGGAACAAAGAUUAAGUUGAAGCAUGUUAGCACUCAACAUAGAUUACAUUCUCACGACCAUAAGCCACCUGUUUCCGAAAAUGCUGAUUGGCAAAAAGAAGUUUCUUGUUAUGGUUUUGAAGGCUUUGCCGGUGAUGGAAAUGAUGAUUUUAUUGUUGAAAUCGAUAAAGAUGCCUCUGUUCCAGGCCCUGCACAAGAACGCGUUAGAGCUAUUCAAACUAAAUUCAGACUAAGACAUGCUAUGACUGGUUGUCUAUUGUUUUCACAUGAUGUGAAAUUACCAAAAGUUGGUCAACAAGAAGUUACUUGUGCCACCCAGGGAUUACCAUCUUUAACUCUAUGGUAUGUUGAAAAUAAUGAAAAUCCAUUGUUGCCAGCUGAUGCUGAAAGAGUUUCUUACCCAACCCCAAGUUUUUUGGAAAAAACUAUUGAGUCUCAUAAAAAGAUGUGGUCUAUUAAUAAUGGUUUGACAGAGUCCCAUGUUUAUGAAUCCCAACCAUUCUCAUGGCCAUUUUUAACUCGUGGCAUUAGCUAUUGGUCCAAAGACCAUAGACAAGUUUAUUUACUAGGUAAUGCCGUUAUGUGGUAUCUAACUACAGCCACUGUUGCCAUUUUUGCUGUAAUUUUGUUCACCGAAUUGAUCAGAUAUCAAUUGGGAUAUGGUUUGCCAACUAAUAAGGAAGUUAUUAAUUUCCAUAUUCAGUCUUUCCACUACUUAUUGGGUUGGACUUUACAUUAUGUUCCAUUUUUCUUGAUGGGUCGUCAAUUAUUUUUGCAUCAUUACUUGCCCUCUUAUUAUUUCGGUAUUAUGGCUUUUGCUCACUUGCUAAAUUUGUUAGUAACAUAUUUGCCAAACAAACACCAAGCUUACAGAUUUGUUGGCAAUGCGGUUGUCGUUUGUUUCACCAGCGCAGUUGUAUACUUUUUUAUUAAACACCAAGCCUUGGGAUAUGGUACUCCAGAUACUCAAAGUUCGUGCUCUGCCAAUCAAUGGUUUAAAGGAUGGGAUUAUGCAUGCGAUAAUUAUUUAGCUAACUUGACUGAUUAUGAUAACUUGGAAUUGAGUAAACCAACUGGCACUUUAGUCAAUAGUGUUUCACCAACUGAUAAUCUAGUUAAUGGCAAUAUCAUUGUGGAGACCACUACUGUUAAAGAAAAUGACGAGCCAAUCGAUUUAGAUUCUGUACUAGGUGAUAACAAUCCAAAAAAAUUUAUUGAUCAAGCCGGCAAUGAAAUAGAUCCUAAAGUUGCUAUUGAAAUGUUGAAGAAACAAGAAGGCUCCAUUGUAAAAGUUGAAAAGCAAAAAAAUGUAGCCCAAUAA